AACGGAGACCCGAAACACUCGCGUCAAGAGAGGGGAAGGCGCAGGGAUAACCUGACCAGCACUGCGCCCUAGGACGGACAUCAGGAUCUGGCCCCGCGACCAUAGAGUCCGGAAGUGAGGACAGAGCGGCGCCAGGCGGUGGCGAGGGUGGGGGUGGGCGCAGGAGCGCCGCCCAGAGCUUCCCAGGACCGGGGAAGGCUGCGCCCCAGCUGGCUGGCGGGAUGGCAAUAGCGCUGGCCUUAAAGGUGUUCGCGGGGCUGUUGGCAGCGGCUCUGGCGGCCCUGCUUUUGGAGCACUAUGGCCUGACUGGGCAGUCCUCUUCACUGCCCCAGCCCCGCAAUCCUCAGAGGCCGCACCCGGCGCCGGGCCCUGGAGACAGCAACAUUUUCUGGGGCCUGCAGAUAUCCGACAUUCACGUGAGCAGGUUUCGUGAUCCAAGCAGAGCAGUAGACUUAGAGAAGUUCUGUUCUGAAACUAUUGACAUCAUUCAACCAGCUCUCGUCUUAGCAACAGGAGACCUGACAGAUGCCAAAACAAAGGAACAGUUGGGAUCCAGGCAGCAGGAGGUAGAAUGGCAAACUUACCAGAGUAUUCUGAAGAAGACAAGAGUCAUGGAAAAAACCAAGUGGCUGGAUAUCAAAGGAAAUCAUGAUGCAUACAACAUUCCAAGUCUGGAGAGCGUCAAGAAUUAUUACAGGAAGUAUUCUGCUGUACAUAGGGAUGGCUCUUUUCAUUAUGUUCACAAUACUCCCUUUGGCAACUACUCUUUCAUCUCUGUGGAUGCUACCCAAAAUCCAGGGCCUAAGAGACCUUUUAAUUUCUUUGGAAUUUUAGAUGAGAAACAGAUGAAGGAACUCUUAUUAUUGGCCAAGGAAAGUAAAGAGAGCAACCAUACAAUUUGGUUUGGACACUUUACAACAUCCACUAUCCUUUCUCCAUCACCAGGAAUCCGGUCAAUCAUGAGUUCGGCUACAGCUUAUUUGUGUGGGCACCUCCAUACACUUGGUGGACUCAUGCCUAUUCUGCACACUCGUCACUUCCAGGGCACUUUGGAACUUGAGGUAGGAGACUGGAAAGAUAAUAGAAGGUAUCGAAUCUUUGCUUUUGAUCAUGACCUUUUUAGCUUUGAAGAUUUGAUCUUUGGAAACUGGCCUGUGAUUCUUAUUACCAAUCCUAAAUCACUCCUCUAUAGUUGUGAUAAACAUGAACCUCUAGAAAGAAUCCUUCACUCAACACACAUCAGAGUCUUGGCCUUUUCCUUAUCCUCUAUUACUUCUGUCACCAUUAAGAUUGAUGGAGUUAAUUUAGGACAGGCUAUUCAUUUGUCUGGUCCUAUUUUUAUACUGAAGUGGAACCCCAGAAACUACAGUAAUGGAACACAUAACAUAGAAGCAAUUGUCCAGGAUUCUGCUGGAAGAAGUACGAGUGUUCACCACAUAUUUUCUGUUCAAGAGAAUAUUCAUCUCACAUUUAAUCCCCUGGCAUCAUUUAUUCUCCUUACUGACCACUGCAUGGUGGCCCGGGUCCUUUUUGUGCUGAUUGUGCUGAUCCAACUCUUCAUUCUCAUUACUUUUAGGUACCUAGAAUACCCAGAUCUUAAAGAACCUCCAAGAUUUAUAAAUUUGAUAUCAUUUUCCCUUCACCUCUUGAGCAAAAUAAACAUCUUCUACUAUUCUAUGUUGUUGAUGACCCUGUAUGUAGUGCUUGGACCAUGGUUUUUUGGCGAAAUUAUUGAUGGCAAAUUGGGUUUCUGCUUUUCCUUUGGGAUAUUUGUUAAUGGACAUUUCCUACAAGGUGGUGCAACAUUUGUAGCUGGAAUUUUCCAGGUGGUGUUUUUCAACAUUCCCUUGAUGGCUUACCUUUGUUGGAGCUUGUUGCAGAGGUGCUUUGGUCACAACUUCAAGUCUCAUCUCCAUCAAGGAAAAUACUUGAAAAUUAUACCUGUUCACCUACUUAUGCUACUGCUGUAUAUCUGGCAGAUUUAUUCCUGCUACUUUCUUCAUGUGACACAGGGCACGCUAGCUCUUUUAUUCUCCCCUUUGCGGACCUGGUUGACAUUGCUGACACCAGUACUCAUUCGUUGUGUGUGGACACUGAACUCCACCAAGUUUGGAACCUUCAUGUUGCAGUUAAAAAGCCACCUGAGCUCCUGAAAUGCAUGUCCCAUCACUGCCAGCUGGGCAGAAGUUCAGUCUCUGCAUCUGUAACCCUGGUCUCUGCCCGUACUAGGUGGAAAGCAGAUGUCAGUGGAUGAGCUUCAGAGAGCUGCUGCUUCUUGGACACGUGAAUGUUGGAGGGAUCACUCACUACUGAUUCCUGGAGAGUGGACUGAAAACGAGUCUAAAUAAUGACUUGAUUUCUUUCUUUCCUAAGGAGGCAAAGAGAAAGCCCUAAACAAGGAGACCCACAGGGUAGGGGCUGGGUGUGUGUAUGGGAGUAUCUCAGGAGGCCCAGCAUUUUGGGGGGUUACCCCAUGUAAAAGCAUCCAGCGCCACACAUAGGGUUAUGGGCUCUCUGCUUCCUUAGUCGGGAGUGUUUCAGCUAAUCAAAUAAAUGAAUGAAUGAAGAAUAAGAUACACAACGAACCUGAA